UUCAUCGCAUUUAAACGAAAGCAUAUUAUCUACAAACAAACAAUGUGACUUGCAUUGCACUUUCGUAAAUUAAGUUGUAAAUUCUUGUAUCCUGAGUUAUUUAUAUAUGCUUCUUGGUCAUGAAAUUGCUUGUUUCCAUUCUUCGUGCAGUUAUUUCUUUUGACGAUCUGGAUAAUUUUGUUUCAAGUCUUUCUAAUCAGAUUUGUAUGUAUUUUGGUUGGAUUUGUUGGUUAAAAAGCUUCGAAUGAUGUGUUCUUUGUUGUUUGGGUUAGGAUUUUUGUGUGGAUUUGAUUGGAACAAGAGCGCAUGGAGGAUUAACUGAACAAUGUCCUCUAAGGGUGAACAUCUGACGGUCCCGCUUUCUGUGUUGCUCAAUCGUGAGUUGGCCAAUGAGAAGAUUGAGAGGCCAGAGAUUUCUCAUGGUCAGGCUUGCCAAAGUAAGAAAGGGGAGGAUUUCACAUUUGUCAAGACGGAAUGCCAACGUGUCGUUGCAGGAGAUGAUGUUUCUACAUAUUCUGUUUUCGGAUAUUUGAUGGACACAAUGGGUCUGCUGCUGCUAUAUACUCCGAGGAGAAUCUCUUGAAUAAUGUUUUGGCUGCUAUUCCAUCAGAUCUCAACAGAGAUGAGUGGGUUGCAGCAUUGCCAAGGGCUUUGGUUGCAGGGUUUGUAAAAACUGAUAAGGAUUUUCAAGAGAAAGGUAUGGGUUGUUUCUGUGUUAGUUCUUAUCAACAUGCAUUCCUGAUCUGGUCAUAUCAUGGUCAAGAGAAACAGUCAUGUGGGUUAAGUAACUGUUUAAAAAAAAAAAAAACAAAAAAAAAAACAAAGAAAUAUCAGUGCUAUCAUAAGUCUGACAAGGUAGUUAUGACAGUGAAGUGGUCCAGAGUUUGUCCACUGUAGAAUAUCAUGCUCAUGCACUGGCAGAAAUUCACAUUCCUGUCAAGAGUCAAGACUUCGAGGUUUAGGAAUGCGGAUUCAUCUAUGCAUGUCCUCUGAAAAGCACACUACACAUGGCAUGAGUAGUGCAGAGCAGAGACCCUCAUGGUUGAGAAGGACUGGUGUGUAACUCAAUUAGAAAGUAACUAAAUUCAAACUGAUGAAAUAGAAAUAUAAAUACUUCAGUGAAAUGGCAGAGUAUACUCACUGAAGAAUAUCUUGAGCAUGCACCAUGCACACUGCUGGAACACCCCUUAAAGUCUAGACAUGUAUAUAUAUUGGAUCAUAAUAUAUAAAUCGUGCAAAGACAUAAUUUGUAGAUGCAUUUAUAAAUCUACUUUGUGAACCAUAACUCAUUGCUUAACUGAGCAUUGUUUAUUUAGGCAUUGAU